GAGGUGCAUGCUACUGGCGCGAGAUCCGGCAGGCUGUGGGAUUCCGGAGCCAGGACGGGGUCUAGGUCUACUUUAUCUUUGCUGAGUUCCUCGUCCCUUUCCCAGACCCUGAGUGGCGGGCUAGAGGCCCGAGCUGGGAAAGGGCACAGGCGUUCUGAAACAAAGCUUUGGGCCACUCGAUACCGGAAAGGACUAAGAUUCCAGAUGGCAAAUUCUAUGAAUGGCAGAAAUCCUGGUGGUCGAGGAGGAAACCCCCGCAAAGGUCGAAUUUUGGGGAUUAUUGAUGCCAUUCAGGAUGCAGUUGGACCCCCAAAGCAAGCUGCAGCUGACCGCAGGACAGUGGAGAAGACUUGGAAACUCAUGGACAAAGUGGUAAGACUGUGCCAAAAUCCGAAACUUCAGUUGAAAAACAGCCCACCAUAUAUCCUCGACAUUUUACCUGAUACGUAUCAGCAUUUGCGGCUUAUAUUGAGUAAGUAUGACGACAACCAGAAGCUGGCUCAACUGAGCGAGAAUGAGUACUUUAAAAUCUACAUCGACAGUCUCAUGAAGAAGUCAAAGCGAGCGAUCCGGCUCUUCAAAGAAGGCAAGGAGAGGAUGUACGAGGAGCAGUCGCAGGACAGACGGAAUCUCACAAAGCUGUCCCUUAUCUUCAGUCACAUGCUGGCAGAAAUCAAGGCGAUCUUUCCCAAUGGCCAGUUCCAGGGAGAUAACUUCCGGAUCACCAAAGCAGAUGCUGCCGAAUUCUGGAGGAAGUUUUUUGGAGACAAAACUAUCGUACCAUGGAAAGUCUUCAGACAGUGCCUGCAUGAGGUCCAUCAGAUCAGCUCUGGCCUGGAGGCCAUGGCUCUGAAGUCAACCAUUGACUUAACUUGUAAUGAUUACAUCUCCGUGUUUGAAUUUGAUAUUUUUACCAGGCUAUUUCAGCCCUGGGGCUCUAUUUUACGGAAUUGGAACUUCUUAGCUGUGACACACCCGGGGUACAUGGCAUUUCUCACAUAUGAUGAAGUUAAAGCUCGACUACAGAAAUACAGCACCAAGCCUGGAAGCUACAUUUUCCGGUUAAGCUGCACUCGGCUGGGACAAUGGGCCAUUGGCUAUGUGACUGGGGACGGCAAUAUCCUACAGACCAUACCUCAUAAUAAGCCCCUGUUCCAAGCCCUGAUUGAUGGUAGCAGGGAAGGCUUUUACCUUUAUCCAGAUGGACGAAGCUAUAACCCUGAUUUAACCGGAUUAUGUGAACCUACACCUCAUGAUCAUAUAAAAGUUACACAGGAGCAAUAUGAACUGUAUUGUGAAAUGGGCUCCACUUUUCAGCUGUGCAAGAUCUGUGCAGAGAAUGACAAAGAUGUCAAGAUCGAGCCUUGCGGGCAUCUCAUGUGCACUUCGUGCCUUACCGCGUGGCAGGAGUCUGAUGGCCAAGGCUGCCCCUUCUGUCGCUGUGAGAUAAAAGGAACCGAACCUAUCAUCGUGGAUCCCUUUGACCCCAGAGACGAAGGCUCCAGGUGCUGCAGCAUCAUCGACCCUUUCAGCAUCCCCAUGCUCGACUUGGAUGAUGACGAUGAUCGAGAGGAGUCUCUGAUGAUGAACCGGCUGGCGAGUGUUCGCAAGUGCACAGACAGGCAGAACUCGCCAGUCACAUCGCCAGGAUCCUCACCCCUUGCCCAGAGAAGAAAGCCUCAGCCAGACCCUCUCCAGAUCCCCCACCUCAGCCUGCCACCAGUGCCUCCCCGCCUGGACCUCAUUCAGAAAGGCAUCGUGCGCUCUCCCUGUGGCAGCCCCACGGGCUCCCCGAAGUCUUCUCCAUGCAUGGUUAGAAAACAAGACAAACCACUCCCAGCACCCCCUCCUCCCUUGCGAGAUCCUCCGCCUCCACCAGAGCGGCCUCCGCCAAUCCCGCCUGACAGUAGACUGAGCAGACACUUCCACCACGGAGAGGGUGUGCCUUCCAGGGACCAGCCAAUGCCUCUUGAAGCCUGGUGCCCUCGGGAUGCCUUCGGGACUAAUCAGGUGAUGGGAUGUCGCAUCCUAGGGGAUGGCUCUCCAAAGCCUGGCGUCACAGCAAACUCCAACUUAAAUGGACGUCACAGUCGAAUGGGCUCUGACCAGGUUCUUAUGAGGAAACACAGACGCCACGAUUUGCCUUCAGAAGGCGCCAAGGUCUUUUCCAAUGGACACCUUGCCCCUGAAGAAUACGACGUUCCUCCUCGGCUUUCCCCUCCUCCUCCAGUCACUGCCCUUCUCCCUAGCAUAAAGUGUACUGGUCCAAUAGCAAAUUGUCUCUCCGAGAAAACAAGAGACACAGUAGAAGAAGAUGAUGAUGAAUACAAGAUUCCUUCAUCCCAUCCUGUUUCCCUGAAUUCACAACCAUCUCAUUGUCAUAAUGUCAAACCUCCUGUUCGGUCUUGUGAUAAUGGUCACUGUAUACUGAAUGGAACUCAUGGUACGCCUUCAGAGAUGAAGAAAUCAAACAUCCCAGAUUUAGGCAUCUAUUUGAAGGGAGAUGUUUCUGAUUCAGCCUCUGAUCCAGUACCAUUACCACCUGCCAGGCCUCCACCCCGGGACAACCUAAAGCAUGGUUCUUCAGUCAACAGGACGCCCUCUGAUUAUGAUCUUCUCAUCCCUCCAUUAGGUGAAGAUGCUUUUGAUGCCCUCCCCCCAUCCCUUCCUCCUCCUCCACCUCCUGCAAGACAUAGUCUCAUCGAGCAUUCAAAACCUCCAGGCUCCAGUAGCCGGCCUUCCUCAGGACAGGACCUUUUCCUUCUUCCUUCAGAUCCCUUUUUUGACCCAGCAAGUGGCCAAGUUCCAUUGCCUCCGGCCAGGAGAGCACCAGGAGAUGGUGUCAAAUCCAACAGAGCCUCCCAGGACUAUGACCAGCUCCCUUCAUCUUCCGAUGGUUCGCAAGCACCAGCUAGACCCCCCAAACCACGACCCCGAAGGACUGCACCAGAAAUUCAUCACAGAAAGCCCCAUGGGCCCGAGGCGGCACUGGAAAAUGUGGAUGCGAAAAUUGCAAAACUCAUGGGAGAGGGGUAUGCCUUUGAAGAGGUGAAGAGAGCCUUAGAGAUCGCCCAGAAUAACCUGGAAGUGGCCAGGAGCAUACUUCGAGAAUUCGCCUUCCCUCCUCCCGUCUCGCCACGUCUCAAUCUAUAGCAGCCCAGACUGCAAACACCAAAGGGUAAAACAGUUAACAAAUAUUCCAGGAGUAUGGGACGGAAGGACUGAGAGGGAAUGCAGGAGCCAUGGUGUCUUUUCAUGUGGCGUCUCCAGAAGGCAGCCUUGAGUCCAGCUUCUCUGGUACCACAGCUCCCUGAGGAUGCCCACGCUGCAGCUUCUGUGUUUGUGCUAGCCAUACUUUUAAAUCAGGGUUGAACUGAGAAAAUAAUUUAAAGACGUUUACUCCCCCUUGAACUUUGAAUCUGUGAAAUGCUUUCCUUGUUUACACGUUGGCAGAAUUGCAGUUUGUCUCUGUUUUUGAUUCCUGUACUGUGUUCCUGACAGGCCCUUGGCAGAGUUGGUCAGGUCUGCUGUAAGUUUGUCCAUGCCCACCCUGCUGCCCACAUUGGCAGCUAAAGCAUCUCUUCGUGUUGCUGUCUAUCCGGGCCCCACCUCAUGUGUCCACGUCCAGUUCAUUUCUCUCAUUCACACAGCAUGCUAGUCUGAGGUCCUGAUUUUUCAUCGUUUUAAACUAAUGCAGAAAGAAAAAGAAAAAGAAAAAAAAUGUAUGUGGUCUGGUCUUCACUACUGAGUCUCUUCUUUGGGAACCAUCACUGUUGAGAGGUGGGGAAACCUGAAUGUAAAAAGCAUUUAUUUGUCAAUAAACUGCCUUUUGUAAGGGGUUUUUAUAUACUGUAAAAGAGCUUCCCUUGUUAGUUUAAGUUCUGUGACCUUUAGGUUUCUGUACACUCCCUCCCGUCCGCCCAGGAGUGCCAUGACAGAUGCAGGAGAAAAUGGGGCAGCGCCCGUACUACAGGACCGUAAUGAGAUUCUCUGAUAGUUAUGCCUCCAUCACUUUCAGGAGAGAUGGAAAGGGGGGCCACCGCCUCGAAAUAUGUUAAUAUGCCUUUAGAUAAGGUCAUAGACAUACAUGCCUUUCCCAAGUGGAAGAGAGCCCCUUUUCUAUGUUAUGACAUCACCCUGGCUCCUCCCUGUGUGGGAGCCCCUAAGGCACUGAUGACUGUUAUGUAUCACUGCUACUGCAGGCCUUCUUACUUGCAAAACUCUUCGUACCCUUUCUCCAGUCAGGUUAGGAGUCCCGUUUACUCUGUGGGUUUUCUCAUUGACUGCUCCGUGUUGCCCGUCCCAGUCAGAUGAAACCGUGGUAUCACUUUAAAUCUACAGAUACCCCUUGACCAUCUGUAAAGUGCUUUGCACUCUUGUUGGCUUUGAAAGCACAAAAUUUCACACAUGAACUCCGCCAUAUUAUUUGUGUAUAUGUGUUUGGUGGUAAAUGUCUCCAAUCUGAUGGAUGAAUCCUCUGAGACUGAUGCGAGGACUUUUAGACCUUCAGAUUGCUUUUGUUUUGUUUUGUUUUGUUUUGUUUUGUUUUUUGCAUCCCUAAUAGUGUGUGAGGGGAAAUAAAAGCCAUCUCCAUGCAAAAAUGCUUGCACGACAUUUUGAUAGUUUCUAAAGAUGGAUUCAGUUGUAGGUUGCAUGGGUGUCUCUUACCCCUCCUUACUCCACACCCAGAGAUGCCUCAGAUAAUCACUCCCUCAUCCUGACAAAGGACAAGAUACUACAGCAGAUAGAUCCGAUGCAGCUGCCAUUUUAUGAGAGUCAUGUCCACAGCUGUGUUUGCCCAGAAAGGGGAACGUGCCCAGCAUACUCGUUUGCAGUGUGGCUUUCAUGGGAUGAGACAGGACUUGAGGAUCACAGUCUUUGCAUAUGUCAGGUUUGUUCAGAGGGCCCUAUGUUUCUUCUGCUACCACAGGGGGAUUUUUUAAUGUUUUUACAUCCUAUACCUGGGAGGAGGUAUGAAUACAAGGUUUUUUUUUAAUAUACUUUUUACAAUUGGCUCUUUGUUGUUUUAUUAUCUGCUCUUAAUUUUUUUUACUUGUUUUAUAAGUUCUGAUGUCAUACUGAUAGAUAACAGUGCUAUGUUUUUUGGGGGGUUUCACACAACUUGCCAACAAUCGGCAUAGCCUAAAACCCAAAGUUUGCCCCUUCGUUGUCCUAACACUGUUAAACAUCCUUAAACUACGAGGGGGUUGGUUUACAACAGGAGCACUGGGACCCACAGCAUAUUCUCCUGCACUCUCGCAUAACACAAGAGAUUUCCGUCAAGAAUUUAAAGGCUAAAGAUGUGCUCAAACAGUUGAUUUGGACCUGAGGUUUAGGGAGGGAGGGAAGUGUAAAUAAUUUUCUGGAUUGUACCAAGAUCUCUGCUGCAUCCACACAGUAGCCACUGCCGGUUUUCUCAUCAAGAAAAGUGAACCUUGUGACUCAUACGGAAGACAGAGCAAACAGAAAGCAUAAAGACUCACAGAAUUUGUUUGAGAACAGUAGUUCAAACUCUUUUUCAUUAGGAAAGGGACUACUAGUUAAUACUUUGAAAUGUCCCAUACUUUGUUCCCUCUUUUUCCAGAAAUUGAGAUGUGCCUCCCAAUGCUCAAGAUUUGAUAAUAGAAUUACCCUUAAGCCAGUAUUUAAUAUAAUCUACACAAUUAAAACAAACCACGGCUAAUUGGAACCUCUGCCCGGGAUCUAUCCCCAAUGAUAUUCCAGUCGUGGUUUUUCCAGAAUUCUGGAGGAUUUUUUUCCUAUUUCCUUUUCCUUUUAACCCACCACACCUACACCCCCACCCCAACCCAUAACCCCACAUCCGAACCACCACCAACUUCUUGGUAUCUGAUCUAUCACAGCCAAAUUUUCUGGACCCAGAUCCCAACAUUUUGAUGCUUAACUUAAUCUUGCACCCACAAUUAAAAUUAUUAGCCCUUUUCUACCUUCCCUCUGCCCACAGUACAACACAGAGCCCUAGCCAGAGCCUCCAGAGGUCUGUUUGCUAACUCAGUAUUUCGCACACCCAAGGACACAUGCAAAGAGUUCUUCAUAAUGUGAACUUUCUAAUUGUUCAGUUCCAGAAGCAUUUCCUGCAGUUUGAACGUGACUUUGCCUCUCGGAUUUUCAACUUGAAGCUUUAGUUUGCACUGAAUUAUUUCAUCUGGUUUUAAAAUGUCUCAAAUGGACUGAUUUGGAAACAAAAUGUGGUAUAUUUUAAAUAUUGAUGGAGGUACUUUCUGUAAACCUGAAAUGUUAGAGCUCCGAGGAAGACUUUCCGGAAAAAGACAGCAAUAGAAAGAAAGUUUUCUUCUCAGUUCCUAUUUUUAUUGUUUUUGAAAUGCAUUUUUUAAAAACUUGUCUAAUGUGGCAAAAUAGCUAUGUGAUCAAUUAAUUUAUAUUUUAUUCAUUCUUUUUCAAUUCUGGAUAUGUAACCUCAAGUACUUUAUCUGUUCUUUUAAGGUAUUUUAUAAAAUGAAUGUUGACAAA